AAAAUACAAGAAGAAAAAAAGCUUUUAAAUCAUGCAAAAUUUCAUAUUCAUAUAGAAGCAUAAUUUGAAAAUAUGCAUUUUAAAGAUAUAGUAUAUAAAGAAAGCUAACAUUUCAAAGGUUUAUAUGAAGCAGCAACUAUUUAAUUUCCAAAUAUUAUUUUACCUGAAUUUCCUGGAAAAAUAAAAGUUUUUUAGAAGUAAUUGA